AGUUGACUCAGGAGGUACAAUCUUUUGGCAGCCUUUGAGGUUACAUUAAAGAUGUGAUCGUUCCAUUUGAAAUCAUCUCUUAUGGUAACGCCGAGCACUUUAGCCGAGUUAACUGUCUCGAAAGCAAGGCCAUCGAGUUCAACUGGAGAAUGAACUGGAAGAGAUCUCUUAAAGCAUGACUGCAGCUCCUUACAUUUGGAUGGAUUCAGCUGCAGGCGGUUCUCCUGAGACCAGGUGCUAAUAAAGUCGACAGCUUGCUGAAGUGCGCUUUGUUUGGAUGGUAGUACUAUUUCCGAAACAGUAGUGUCGUCGGCGAAUUUCCACAUAGCAAACGACCCAUCAGGUAACCUAAGAUCGUUUAUCAGCACCAAGAAUAACCAAGGGCCAAGACGAGUCCCCAGGGAAACACCCGCAGGAACAUUAAGCCAGUCAGACUAAACUCCAUUGAGCUUAACUCUUUGCUUUCUUUCCCUCAAGAAAUCAAUAAUCCAGUGGAUGGCAGUUGGCUUAACUCCGAGAGUAUGAAGUUUACCAACCAAGAUAUUAUGGUCCACUAAGUCGAAAGCUUUACGAAAGUCCAGUAGAGCGGUUCUUACAGACGCCCCGGUGCCGUCGGUGGCGCGCAGCCAAUGAUGAAACAUCGAGAUAAGCGCGAACGUAGUGGAAGAGCCCGGGAUGAAACCAAAUUGACCUGGAUCAAUAUGAGAUAGCACCACGGGCUUCAGAGCUUUCUCGAUAACAAAGCUCUCGGCGAUCUUUGAGGUAUAUAAUUAUUGAGAAGGGCCGGGCUUUCGCAAGAGACUAGUGUUUAGUAAGAAUGUAUCAAGGAGUGUAAGCAAAACAUUUGUUUAAUUAUCGACCUCCAGAGUAAAUUGUGAAAAGCUGACUUUUCGAGCGUUAACUUCCCAGAGCUAACUCUUGUCAGUGUCGGAAAGUCAGCUUUUGGAAAUUUUCUAUGUUGUUUUUCCAGCUUGCAUUAACAUAUAGGUAAUAACCAACCAAACGGUUCACUUGCCCUUCAACGCGACACAACGGUUUGUUUAGAAGCUUAAAGCCUCGGCGAAGGAAAGAGCUUUGUUACGAAAUUUUUGCAUGAACAUUGCAAUAUUGAAAUUGAUAAGAUCGGGAAAAAUCAAUAUCCGAUUAUUUGAAAAACAUUUAGAAAUGACAAUAAUUAAAGAAACAAUUCGCUCUAUUUUGAGUUAAAAAAAGUAAUUGUACAGCGAAGAAAACGGCUCUUAAAGGUGCACACGCUUAUUCAAAGUUUUUGUGUGAGAAAAUCUAGCUACAGGCCAAGAUCUUUAGGAAGAAGAGCACCAUUUGUUCUAAGGAUAAUCGUUUGCAGAUCUUUUUAGCGUUUGAAUAGUUUUCUUUUUCGACUAGGUCAUGCAAAAAUGUCCAUCUUUCAGAGAGUUUUUUUUUUUUUUUGAGUCGUUUACUCGGACCACAUGACUUGUACAGUUUAUCAGAAUCCCGCAAGCACUUAUUCAACUCAUUUACAAACAGUAGAAAACACUUCCCUGUUGUUUAUAAACUCGAUAUUUCUUUAUUCGAAUUUAAUCGUUUUAAAAGAAUUUUGUUUUGUCGUUGUUGAUAUUAAUAGUGCGAGUUGCGCAUGCCUAGAUUUCGGGAUGGUUUCAUUAAACAGCGUGUAAACUGAAUUUUGCUAAUUUGUUUAACAGCUAAAUGUAUGCUUCUUAUCUGCUGAUGUUCUUUAGUGAAUGUGACAGAAGCGUUUUAAACGUGGUGGCUCUAACCCUACUUAGCAAAAUUAUUUGUCGUCUAAUUUUGUAACAAUGUCGAGGGUACUUUCUAAAAGGGUUCCCGCUGAGAGGGUAUUUAUGACAGGAAAAAUGCGGUUAAAAAAUCACGCUUUUGAGAGAGAAAAAUGACUCUUCUCUACCCAAAAUAGAAAGAUUUACUCGGAAAUGGCCUAGCUUAGCUACCUUAAAGCAUGUAGCAGCCUAAGAUCAAUUUAUUUUUUGUCGCCUGGUUUAAAUUCAGACCCUUAUCUUUCUACUAGUGCCUUGUGGUCAGAGCGGCUAAUCAUCUUUCAUGGGUUAUUAAUAUAUCAUGAAUUUAAUUCAGGUGUUUUUUCAGUGACCGAAACGACGAGAAAGUGUAAUGAAACUAUUAUUUACUUCUUCAAUUGUUACAUAACAACCUGAUCAUUUACAGUGAAACGGAAUGGAAGAAGUGUUCUCAUAGAAAUCGAGCAAAUCACUAUGCAAGGGAAAGAAGCUUUCCUCGUUGUGCUUCAGUGGAUUAUUAAUGCGACCGCAAUCGUCGGCAAUGGCCUUGUUAUAUAUCUGAUCACAUUCAGGCAAAGGCUUCACUCCAAAGCAAAUUGGUUCGUCUUAUCUUUGGCGGUAGCUGAUCUAUUUGUCGGGGUUACGUUUCUUCCUUACUACAGAGCUUGCAAAGAGGAAUUCUGCAACCAGAGACAUAUUCACUGGCUUUGUGUUGAUGUAUUCCUCUGUACUUCUGUAACAAACCUUUGCCUGUUGACUGUAGAUCGAUACAUCGCGAUCGUCAAGCCACUGAAGUAUCUGACUAUUAUGACUCAAAGAAGGGUUGUGUUCGGCAUAUUGGCCGCUUGGUGUAUUCCAGCUGCCACAGCGCUUCUACCUUUGUCGUGGACGUACUUGGCCAAAUCCAUGGCACAGAGAUCAACCUGUUGGGAAGUUUUCAUCAUUGGCACGUUGAUCGUCUAUGGAAUUAUUCCUUGCCUCCUUCUUCCCCUUGCCAUUGUGCGCAUCUUGAUGAUAGUUCGAAGGUGUCGCUUAGAACGAUGUGUAGUAAUGGCUCAGUUAGAUUUCAGUUAUUCUGAGGCAAGAAGCAGAAUUCGAAGACAGUCCUUCCCAGAUCAAGAUAUUUCUUCCACGAAGCUCAUUGUUGCUAUAGUCAUUUUGUUCUUUAUUUGUUACUUGUUUGGUGUUUGCGUCCGAAUCGUGGCCGUGUUUGGUCAAAAUCAACCACCUGAAUGCAUCCAUAUAAUUUCCUCCAUUCUAAUUUUAACCAACUCUACAGCUAAUCCUGUGGCAUAUGGAUUAUUAAAGAAAGAUUUUAGGAGAGAACUGUUGAAAACGUAUAGAUUGAAUAGUUCGUCCAGUGAGCUUGCUUUAGGUGCAAGGAUAAACUCAGACUUCAUUGGCAGUUAAGGUGUAACAACUUAAAAGAAAACGAUAAAAAGGACCUUAGCUUUACAACACAUGUUUCGAUUUAUACAAAUAGCCAAUAAUAGUAUUGCCUUAUACCUCGUCUGGUCGAUCGCUUAAAUUUGAAUUAAGUUUUCUGAUGAAUGUUUUACAAUAAGUUGUCUGAGACGGGUUUUAAAUGAAACCUGAUCAAAAGACUUCUAUUGCAAGGAACCUUGAUUAUAUAAAACGAAACAUAUUAAUCAAAUUAGCCCCUAUCAUUACAUUGAUGAAUUAUUAUUAUAAUAAUAAGUUCCAUAAUAGUUUGAAAGUGUCUGUAGUAACUUUUUGGUUUCGAGUCGAAGUUCGUGGUAACCUGUUCUUGGAUAAUAUUCUUCUUGUGAGGCACGGAAUAAGUCAGCUGAGCACAACAAGUGAUGCUUAUCAACGCUGAAGUCAAUCCGAUCCUUCUGUGCACGCCCAGGUGAAAAUUUAGGUUUUCGGGGCUGUGCUAGGAAGAAAGCAACACUAAACAAACAAGUUCAAACUUUAAUUUCUUCUCUAUUUUAAUGCCUCUUGCUCUGUCUUAACUAGCGACGCAACUGAGGGGGGGAAUUUUCCAAACUGUCGGUAAAGAAAUAGACUUCUAGACUUUUGUACAGUCUUUUGUCUUACAGCCUUCCCUUUCAAAAUUUAAGCAUUUUCUUAAAUUCUCUGUUAAUGUCUCUUUUGAUGAAAGCAUACGGGAAAGGAUCAGCUGCGGAAUAACAAUAGCUUUCUGAGGUGAUGAAAUUCAUCUGUUAGUCAACAGACAUCAAAGUAGAAACAUAUCGAUCUCACUACGUCCAUCGUGUUGGAUAAGAUGAAGAGUCCCACGACUACGAUAAUGACUGUGGCGGAAAAUUGUCCUCUGUUUUGCCUGAGAUUCAGCUGAUUUAAACGUAACUGCGCAUGCAUUAUUGCGGUUUGUCGGUAAAGACGUCUUGAUAUAACCAAAAUUUUUCCUGCCGCACUUAAGAGAAAGAUGCGAGGCAAUAUCUCAAAGAGAAUUCCGAAGCUGACUUGGAAUAAUAGGUGAAUGUUCUCAGUCGCGCCGACAAAGUGCAUGUACAGGUUUGGUGGUAGAUAAAGAAGUGGAGGUAAUCCCAAAGCGCACCCAGUGAGCAAGAGAACUCGUCUUUUCAUGAUCCGAACGUAUUUAAAUGGGGUCGCGAUGGCGAUAUAUCUAUCGGUAGCCACUGCACAGAGAUUCGCAAUGGCCAUGAUAGCAAACUGCCACGCAACUAUGCCACGGAGAACGUUGUCGCAGGCAAAAAUUGUGUCACAAAGAAACGCCACGGGAAAAAAACAAAUAGCAAAGACAAAUCGGCUGUGGCAAGCGACAGGAUAAACCAGUGUGUUGUCGUGUGAAGGUGUUUUGUGGUUAUUGUGAGGUAAAUGACCAGACCAUUUUCAAUGUUGCUGUAAUAGUUAAGAACCGUGCGCUGGCCACGUAACUUGGAAUCAUAUCCAUGUGUUUAUGUCAUACGGGAACCAGAUCAGAUUUAUUUCGAUGAAAACAUUUGCCCAUUUGUCCUUCAUUCAUAGAGAAUUCAUUCUGUAUUGACAAACUUGAAUAUUUUCUUUCUAUUGCUCUUUGUAUGAAUUAUAAACACAACUCCUGUGGAGGAGAGGUAAUUAAGAGGAGAAACACCUCAAGCAGUCAGUAUUUUAUCAGGUAGCGUUUGUUUCAGCGAACCAUUUUUAAAUUUAUCAUAAUGAUGUUAGCAGAAAACAAUUUUUAAUCUCUCUCGAUUAGACGAGCCCAUUCAAUUUUUUUUUUUCAAUGAAUGAUUUGCAAAUCAGGGUAGCUAUUCAGAAAUCACCUUGAUCGGAUAUUGGUAUGUAAUUGGUAUCAACGCCACAAUGUUUUAAAAUUAGUUUCCUGC